GCUGCCAUAGCCCUCUGGCUCCGCCCGCGGCCCGGGCGUUCGGCCAGCGCAACCUGCCUUUCCGGGCAGGCUGGAUUCUUAUCACCCAGGCCCAGCGCGCUGGGCGGCGGCAGGUGACGAUAAGCGGGGACUACAGUUCCCGGCAUCCUCCGCCUUCCGCCUGCCCGGACGGCUAGCCGCUGCCGCACUGACUCUCCAGACCGCGCUUCCCCUUCUUGGCACCAGUCUCCAGCCUCUGCUCCCGGGCGAGGUCCGGCGGGGGUCUCCGGCACUGCGGCCUCUGCUUCGCCCCGGACUCCAGCGUGGAACCAUGACCCUGCACCUGGGCCGGCUGAGCGUAGGCCGCUGCUGGCGCGCGGCGCGGGGCAGCUGCGGGGAGCUGCGCGCCUGGUCUGGGCGCUGCGCGUCCGGACGCUUCUGCCGCCCCCCUGGCACCGCCAGUCCCGGGCACAGCCGCGGGCUGUGGCACGGCCCCUCCGCCAAGGGCGGGCCCUGGCUGGGGACUGGGCUGGCCGCCACCCUGGCAGGAUUGGCUGGGCUGGCCGCUGCCACCUUCGGACAUGUGCAGCGGGCCGAGAUGGUGCCCAAGAGCUCGGGGACGCGCAGCCCCUCGCCCGGGAAGCCGGAGGCGGAGGCCGGCGACGAGGAGGACGAGCUGGCCCGCCGCUGCCGCUGCUUCAUGGCCCCUCCGGUGACCGACCUGCGUGAGCUGCGGAGGAGACCCGGCGACAUGAAGACCAAGAUGGAGCUGAUGAUCCUGGAGAUCCAGGCCCAGGUGUGCCAGGCGCUGGCACAGGUAGACGGAGUUGCCAACUUCUCGGUGGAUCGAUGGGAGAGGAAGGAAGGGGGUGGUGGCAUCAGCUGUGUUCUUCAAGAUGGACGUGUUUUUGAAAAGGCUGGGGUGAGCAUCUCUGUGGUUCAUGGAAACCUUUCUGAGGAAGCAGCAAAACAAAUGAAAAGUAGAGGAAAACUUCUGAAGACUAAAGAGGGUAAAAUUCCAUUUUGUGCUAUGGGUGUGAGUUCUGUUAUCCACCCCAAGAAUCCUCAUGCACCCACCAUGCAUUUCAACUACCGGUACUUCGAAGUAGAAGAAGCUGAUGGUAAUAAGCAGUGGUGGUUUGGUGGUGGAUGUGAUCUCACUCCAACAUACUUGAACCAAGAAGAUGCUGUCCAUUUUCACCGAACUUUAAAAGAGGCUUGUGACCCGCAUGGACCAGAUCUCUAUCCCAAAUUUAAAAAAUGGUGUGAUGAUUACUUCUUUAUAGCCCAUCGUGGGGAGCGGAGGGGCAUCGGCGGGAUCUUUUUCGAUGAUCUUGAUUCUCCAUCCAAGGAGGACGUCUUUCGCUUUGUGCAGAGCUGUGCUCAGGCUGUGGUUCCUUCGUACAUUCCUCUUGUGAAAAAGCACUGUGAUGAUUCAUUUACUCCCCAGGAGAAGCUGUGGCAGCAACUCCGAAGAGGACGGUAUGUAGAAUUUAAUCUGGUGUAUGAUCGAGGUACAAAGUUUGGCCUCUUUACUCCAGGAUCCAGGAUUGAAAGCAUCUUGAUGUCUUUACCUCUAACUGCCCGGUGGGAGUACAUGCAUUUGCCCCCAGAAAAUUCCAAGGAAGCUGAAAUUCUGGAAGUUCUGCGCCAUCCGAAGGACUGGGUGCAUUGAUGGAGGCCAAGCUGCUACACUGGGGUUUGGAGGGCCCAGCUGUGUGUCCCCCUCCCUGGCUGGCACUGUUGCCACUAUGUGGCAGUUAGUUAGUUAGUUCCUUGUGCCUUGGUAUUCCUGCCCUCUCCAUGCUGCAAGUUGUAUAAGGUCUGCUAUCAGUGAGGGGCAGUAAGAGGAAAGAUGGCUAAGUGACAAAGUUGAUAGAUAGAAAACUCAUGCAACUUGUUUGUACUUUUAGAAUUAUCUUGUAUGGCUAAUUUAUAAAGUUUUACAUUGAGCUUCCAGGUAUUUCCAGGGGUGAUGAUAAGGGAAUACAACUAUUAUAACAUGUCCUAGGAAAGUCCUUAUUUUUC